AUGUCAAGUUGCGACACCUCGCAACCGUCGAGCAGACGGCUCAACAUCAUUAUCUGCGGCGGGGGAAUCGGCGGCUUUGCUACCGCGUCGCUGCUGCGUGAAGAGCACAAUGUCACCGUGCUCGAGCAGUCGCACCUCAACCGCGAGCUCGGCGCCGCAAUCACCUUCUCUAUGAACGCGAGCAGGCUGAUGCGCAGUAGCUUGCAGCGGGCGGGCUUCGACAAGGAGCUGGCAAAGUACGUUGAGGCCGAGAAGUUCCAAGAGCUACACUAUCGUGACCUCUCGGUGCUGCUCGAAUGGCCCAUGGAAGUGGUCACCAAGAAGUACGGCGACCCUUGGUGGUACUUUUCGCGCGCCGACAUACACCAGGAGCUUAAGCGCACCGCCCUCUCCCCUACCGGCCUCGGCACCCCCGCACACCUCGAAACAGGCGCCAAAGUGUGCACCGUCGACGCUGCCAGCGGCAAAGUCACUCUCGAGGACGGUCGCGUCUUUACAGGCGACGUCAUCAUCGGCGCCGACGGCAUCCGUUCCACCACCGGCAAGGCAGUCUUCCCCUCCGAUAUCCAGACCGUUGACAGCGGCAUGUCCGCCUACCGGUGCAUGAUCUCCUCGGCCCGGUUGCGCGCGGACCCGCUCACCGCCCCCCUGGUUGACUGCGCAAAGGUGCUCAUGUUGAUUGCUCCGGAUAGGCGCAUUGUCGUCUAUCCUUGUAGCAGCUGGGAGUUUAUGAAUUUUGUGUGCAUCUUCCCGGACGACCGGCCGCGUACCACCCAGUGGAACUCGCAGGUCGACGUCGACGAGAUGGUCGCUACCUUUGCCGACUUCCACCCGGCCAUUCCCAAGAUGCUGGGCAUGGCCACCGAAACGGGUGUGUGGAAACUGCUCGACCGCGAGCCGCUCGAGAACCUCGUGCGGGACAAGUUUGCCCUGAUCGGCGACGCCGCCCACGCCAUGGGGCCUCACCAAGGCCAAGGCGGCUGCCAGGCCAUCGAAGACGCCGAAGCGCUGCGGAUUACCCUCGCCGGCUGCACAAACCCUUCGGAGGUCCCGCACCGCCUGUCCGUCUUCAACAAGCUGCGCGUCGAGCGCGUCGCCCAGGUGGUGCGGUACACGCGGGCCAUGGCCCCGCGGCGAGUCGACGACGCGCGCGGCGAGAAGGUCGACCACAAGACGACACAGACGUACAGUGACUAUUACUGGCGGUACCGCAUGACAGACGAGGCGGUGAGCAUUAUGAAAGAGAACGGGUACAAGGUGGACUUGAAGAACCAGGAGACGGGAGAGCUCGUUUUCGCGGCGUCAUGAAAGUAGGAGUGGUGUCUUCGCUCAGAGGUAUGGACGAAGAGUACGGCACUGCUGCUGACUACAUCGGCUCGUAG